AUGGCCACCGCUGCAGCACCUUCGUUUCAUUCGACAAAAGAGACAACCAAUUACGCCCGGUUAUGCAGGCUUCUGGUGGAGGUGGGAUCAGAUGUUCUGAGACAAACAUUUGAAAAGAAGCGUCCCCCAGGAAACCUGGACACGGUCCUGUCAAGCCCUCCAGUCCGUGCCGUGCUCCUGUCACUGAAGAAGAAGGGAGUGUUAAAGCCUCAACAAUGGGAUAAGCUUUAUCCUGCUGUCAGGUCUUCAGUGUCAUCGAAGAAUUUCAACAUUACUCUUCUAACACUUCUGUUGAGGAACAUUUGUGGUCUUGUUGCUCCAUCUACCUACUGGAAUACACUUCCUACUGCAGCAGACAUGUCCCUUGAGGCAGAUAUCGUUCGCAUCAAGUGCUACAGAAACACAAUUUAUGGUCAUGCUAGAGAGGCUUCAGAUGAUGACGCAACAUUCAAUCAGUACUGGCAGGACAUCCAAGGUCCAUUGGUGAGGCUGGGAGGAGCAGAGUACCAAAGUGCUAUUGAUGAUCUGAAAAAGGAGUGCAUGGAUCCCGAUUUCGAGGAACACUGUAAAGAGCUUCUUAGGCAGUUGGUGAAGGAUGAAGUUAGCAUCAAGGAACGACUCGAUGAAAUGGCUGAAAGCCUGAACGAAUUAAAGGAA